ACUUAAGAAAUGGAUGAAAAAUGUUUAAAUGCAUUAACAGAGACUUAGUGCUUCGGUAAACAGUUAGCGAUGGCAUAGAAAUUGUGAUAUUUUACACACAAAAAUUGAAUGAAAAACGCAAGGUUGGAUAAGAAAAAAAAAGUUUGAAAGAUUUUUUAAUCUUAAAAGAUUUACAAAAAUGACAUGAAGCAAAAAUUAAAAGAAAAAUUUAAUGUCGGAGAUAAAGUGAAAAAAUCAACUUUUACAAAAUGUGUAAAAAUGUCAAAAGAAGUUGAGAAUUUGAAGAAUGGAAUUUUGAAUGGAGAGUCUCUGAUAAACAUCCAGCAUCAGCAACAAAAACAAUCAAAAUUGGGCAAUUCCAAUGUGGAUCGUGACACAAAAUCAAUAGUGGGUGGACGAUUGCAGUUCUAUAAAGAUGGAAAAUUUAUCUUGGAACUUGCUCGUGCCCGUGAGGGUGAAAAAACAGGUUGGAUAUCGGUACCAAGGAAAACAUUCUGGCCACCCACAAUCUCGACAAACUCUAGCACAACAUUCAAUUCUGAUGACAACAGUUCGAUACAAUCAUCACCAUGGCAGCGCGAUCAUUGCUGGAAACAGACACAGCCGCGCAACAAUAUUUCCAAAGAGAUGGUUCUCUUCUUUCAUCGUCCAGGACGACUUCGCUUAUCAAAAGAAUGUCAAAAAACUGCACAAUCAAAACGUCGUCGUCCAUUAGACAAAGGAGGAAACGUUAAAUUUAUACAAAUUGAUGAAAAGAAAGAUGACUUAAUAAGUGAUGACAUUUCAAAUGAUGCUCAUUCAAAGUCGGAUGAUGACAACAAAAUAAAUGGUGACAGUAAAUUGGAGAAAGUUUCAUUAGAAGAUACAAAACGGUCGCGUCCAAAGGCGUCGUUAAAUGGUAAUAAUUCAACAAUUCCAUUAUCAUCAUCGUCAUCAUCGUCAUCAUCAAUCUCACCACAAAUGUCAAAUGGAAAUUUAACAACAAAGAAUCAACAACAAGAUAAAUCAACACCACCUGUCGUAUCACGUCCUAUCAGCAGUUAUAGUAUUACAUCGCUCUUGGCACAUAACAACAACAAUUCAAGCACAUCAGCAGCAGCUGGAAGCUGUUACAGUAUUAACGAACAUUCAAAUGACUCAACAUCCACUAGUCACUAUCAACAACAGAGAUUAAGUCUGAGUCAGAAUUCAUCGCCAAAAUCACCAUUGCAACAACAACAGCAGCAGCAACAGAAAAGUUCAUCACCUAAUCAAAGUCCAAGUCCAGAACAUCAUGCAUUUCAUAAAUAUCGUCCCACCACAACACCAACAGCUGCAUCAUCAUCACCAUUCAGUGGAAGUUAUCAUUCACCUAAUUACAUACGUGGAUCACCAUCACCUCACGCUGAUAAUCGAUUACGUACUACUGGUAAUUAUCAUCAUCAACACUCGCCAUCUCAUUAUGCAUCGUCACCAUCGCAUCAAAGCUUUGGAACGCCACGUGACUCUAGUCUGUCACCGAAUGUUGAAAGAACAUCAACAGCAAGUAGUAGAAGUACACCGACAAGUAGUGGAACGAGUGGAAUUCGUACAGUGCCGAAGAAGACGGCAGCAUUAAGACAACAGUUUAGUUCACCGACAAUGGAGAUUUCAAGUAAGAAAUCAUCGACAAUGAAGGCUGAAAAUGUUGAUUCAUUACUUCGUCCUUCAGCUUUGAUAGCACCUCCAGUACCCCAUCCGGCACAAAUGUAUCCUUACAUGUAUCCAACAUUGAGUUAUUUACCAACGGCUGUUCCACCUUAUUAUCAUCCAGCAUUUUAUAAUCCUGCGAUGAUGGCUGCAGCUGCAGCUUCUUAUAGGAUUCCUGGAAUGCAUCCUGGUGCAAUUCCAGGCUAUCCAGGUGCUUCCCUUUCACCUGUUUCAACAGCACAAUUAGCUGGAUCAUCAUCUCCGGUUUCAGGAUAUGAAAAGAACUCAAAUGGACAAAGAAAUUCGACAAUUUCCUCACCCCCUGCCACACAUCCCACAUUAUCACCAUACGUACCAUCAUCACCUUGGAAUCCGAUUCCAUUAACAAAUCAUUCCAUUAAUGAUGGCAGUAUAAUUCCAAAAGCUAAAGAUGAGCCAAUUUCAGAUGUUCCACUUAAUUUAUCUAAACAUUAGACGAUUAACAUAUGAAACACCAGAAUGAUUAUUAAGAGUGUUUAGUGGAUGACAAUACGUAAGUUAUUGUGAGAGAAUCAAGUGAACAGAAAAUAAAUUAAAAUUGAGAGAAAAACUGAUUAAUAAAAUAAUGAAAAGUGGCAUCAGUGAGGUUUACAACAGAUCCUAGCAUCGAUGCGACAUCGUGAAAAUGUAAACUCGAUCAUAUUUGAAGAUGAAAAGAUGGAAAUUUGUGGAUUGAAAUGUAGAGAAGGAAAAGUUGAAGUUGUGAAAACGGUUUAAAUUUCCAUACAAUAAUCGUUUGAAAAUUUAAGCCGUCUUCACAUUUUCCAUACAUGUCAGAAAUGAAAAUCUAUGGAAAUUCAAGCCAUUUCCUACUUUCUUUCUCUUAAUUUCAUUUGACGAAAAUUAUUUGAUUGUGUGCUCAUUAAUCGACGCAUCGACCCUCUAGGGUCUGACAUUUUAGAACAUGAAAAUAUUUUCGAAAUAUUUACAAAAUCCCAGAUACAAAAUAACAAAAAAAGAUUUUUCUUUUUGGAACAAAUCGCUUCCAAAAGCUAAGAUAAUGAUGAGAAAUGAAUCUAUUUAUGAUUAAAAUCUACUUAAGCCGUCUCUUAUGUGGAUGAAGAUGGAAGAUUUAUAUUUAAAGAUGUAUUUUUGAUAUAUUGUGCGAACUUAAAAAAGAUAAUGAACAAAAAUAUUAUGAAGCAGUUUUUCGAUGUGUUUUGUAUGUGUCGCUCGAAUUAUAAACCGAAAAAGUAAAAAAGGGUCAAUUUUUUGUAAACUCAUUGUACUUGGAGUCCGCAUAGGGAAUGCUUUUGAUUGGUAAUUUGUUUACAUAGUGAUUAACAAGAUGUGGUAAAUUAAAGCAAAUGGAAGGGCUUUGAUUGAUUCACAAUUUUAAAAAGUAUGAAAGCUUAAAUGAUUCUGAGGC